GAGACAUAAUAUAUCUAAGCAUCUUGGGCCAGCCUAUGAUUGUCCUCAACUCUGCCAAGCACGCCGUCGAGCUCCUUGACAAGCGCAGUAACAUCUACUCCGACCGACCUGUCCUCAUGAUGGGAGGAGAAAUCGUCGGUUGGAAAUACACUCUCGUGCUGACACCUUACGGGCGACGAUUCCGCGAGUAUAGGCGCUUCAUUGCGAAGCUGAUCGGUGGGCCAGCCCAGAUGCAGACCCAUCUGCCGUUGGAGGAAUAUGAGACGAGACGCUUCCUGAAGAGAAUACUCAACGACCCGGAGCGUGUUUCUGACCAUAUCCGGAAGACGGUCGGCUGCAUCAUCCUCAAGCUGUCAUAUGGAUACGAAGUUCAGGAAGGGCAUGACCACCUAAUCGAGCUCGUCGACACAGCAACUGAACAGUUCUCUAUGGCGACGUCUCCUGGAGCUUUCCUUGUAGAUGUCUUUCCUCUGUUGCGCUAUGUGCCCGCUUGGGUCCCCGGCGCUGGAUUUCAGAAGAAGGCACAGGAAUGGAAGAGGACCAUAAAGCGGAUGGCAGAUGAGCCGUGCGAGUUUGUGAAGAAAAGAAUGGAUGAGGACGCAAAUAUUCCCAACUACACUUCAGAACUCUUGCAGAACGAGACACUGGAAGGAGACAAGGAGUUCAACAUCAAGUGGUCUGCUGCAUCUCUCUACUCUGGUGGAGCUGAUACCACGGUGUCGGCAGUUUACUCAUUCUUCCUUGCCAUGACCUUGUAUCCCCACGUCGCUAAACGUGCACAAGCAGAGAUUGACUCGGUCGUCGGUGGCGACCGUCUUCCCAACUUCGAGGACCGGCCGAAUCUGCCUUACGUCGAAGCGCUGGUGAAGGAGGUCUUUCGCUGGAAUCCCGUUGCUCCGCUUGGUGCACCACAUCGAUUAACUGAGGAUGAUACAUAUGAAGGGUACUUCAUACCCAAGGGCUCUAUUGUCAUUGCCAAUAUAUGGAAAUUUUUACACAACCCCAGCACCUAUGUUGACCCCUUUGUCUUUGACCCUACACGUUUCCUUCCUGAGGAUGGCCGUAUACCGGCCCCAGACUCUAGAGACUACUGCUUCGGCUUCGGCAGAAGAAUAUGUCCAGGCUUGAAUCUUGCAGAUGCCUCAGUCUUCCUCUCGUGUGUCAUGGUGCUUGCAACGUUUGACAUUACCAAAACUGUCGAGAACGGCAGGGUUAUCGAGCCUGAGGUGGAGUACACGAGCGGAACGAUCAGUCAUCCGAAGCCGUUCAAAUGCACCAUCAAGCCAAGAUCUACAAAGGCGGAGGCAUUAAUCUUGUCCAUGGACGAGCAGCCUUAAAAAUGCAUAGCAUCGUUCUCUGCUGUACGACGCCUCUACACGCUGCUGCAGGCCACCGAUAUGCGUGUAGGCUGUGGUAAUUCUGCACAUAUAUACGGUUUCGCGCCACAUCGAGUAUGAGAGCCGGAAGAUAGGACCGAAUGCUCCUCGCCUCAAGUCGCCAGCAUUUGUCUCGUGCUCUCAAGGACCUGGCAAGCUCGCGUACUUGCCGGAAGAGGGGGAGAGACAUGUACUACUGAUGUACUGCA